AGAGUGAACUGUCUCUCUCUCUCUCUCUCUCUCUCUCUCUCUCUCUCUCUCUCUCUCUCUCUCCCCGCCGGAUGUUUGCGGGGUUUUGCGGGUCUCCCAGUGGCUGGUGCGCUGUCCCCGGGUGGAGAUGUGGAGAUGUGGAGAUGUGGAUCUGGGUGUUUUGGGGGAAACAGAUGGCUUCUUUGCGCUGUGUUUUUCUGCUGCUCGACUCGCGCUGACCUGCUAAAACUUGCCCCUUUUGCCCCUUUUUUUCUGGAUUUACUCUGGAUUUGUCCGGAUUUUCCUGAAGUCGGAUAUUUUCCCAGCUCCAUCCUGCAGUGUGUGUUGACAGCUGGGUCAUGCUUUUGGGUGGUGUGAGGGAUGGUGUUUGUACUGCGCUGCUUGCUGUCUGCAGUGCACACACACACACACACACACACACACUCAAACACGCACACACUCAAACACGCACACACACACACACUCUCAAACACGCGCACGCACACACACUCACACACACACAGACAGGCAUAUCACGCACACAUACAGGCACAUGAACACACACACUCUCUCUCUCACACACACACACACACACACUAAUGGCGCGUGUAACAAAGUUGCGGAGCUGUAACUAAAAUCAGAGUCUUGAUGUUACACCUGUUCACGUUUACGCGGCCAUUUUGGAUCUGGACAACACACACAUGGAUCAGCUGAGCGGGGGCGUGUUCGCGGUGGCAUUACGGAUCUUUGCGUCCAAGGUCACAGUGUAGCUGAUUCACAGAUCAUCCACGCACACGCGCUCACGCAGAAACACGCACGGGGUCGCGCAUGGCCGCGUGUGCGUUACUGUGAUCGCGCCUCCGGAUUUGUUGUUUCUUUUUUCCUUCUUGUUUGUUGUCACUCUCUCUGUCUGUUUGUGGAUGAAUCCAAAAUGGAAGGAAAGAAAGUGAAGCAGACGCGGAGGUCCCGCGCGCAUCGGGAGCGCGUGCGGCGGCGGGAGACGCGCACAGAACCGAGUCCGGUUUCCUCCGGGUCCGAGCGCGAGCGCAGGGCCGCUACCGCCGCCGCCGCCGCCGCUGCUGCUGCUGCUGCUCAUGUGAACCAGAACGGCAGGAAAUCCGCUCACUCCGCGUCCUCCUCAACAACAUCAUCAUCAUCAUCGGUUACAUCUUCAUCACCCAUCAUCUCCUCAUCAGUGUUCUCCAGAGGAUCGCGAGGAACUCCACGCCGGAAGCGCCGCGUCUCGAGCUCUCAGGAUGAAGAAGAGGAGGACAUCAUUGACGGCUUCGCCAUAGCCAGCUUCUCCAGUCUGGAGGGUCUGCAGCAGAGGAACAGCUCGGUAAAGCUGAACGGCAGCAGGAAAGAGAGGAGGUGGGGGACAGCGGCCUCUGUUAAACGGCAGAAACCAGCAGAGGAGGAAAAGGAGGAGGAAGUGAAGGAUGAGGUGGAGGAAAACGGCUUUGACCUGCCCAACAACACGGAGCACACACAGGAGAGACUGCUGCAGAGAACCUACUCGAACAAGAACAAACGGUUUAAAAGUGUCUUCAAUCAGACGAUGAGGUCAGUGACAGAGACCAAAGUUCCUGAUGUGAACUCUACAGCCAAGCGGAGCAUCUCCAAGGACCGCCUCAGUGAGAGCUCCACACACUCUCUGUCAGGACGUGGUUAUUCGUGUGACAGUGAGAGUGACAUCGACGACAAGGCGUCUGAUGUCGGAUCGGAGAAGCUCUUUUCCCCGACUGCUCCUAAAGCUGUGACGUCGAAUGAGAGUUUCGAAACAAAGAUCUGCAGCUCACCUAAAAUCUCUGGCCUCCAGCGCAGCCAGGAACAGAGCACCAUUGUUUCUUUUGCCCCGCCCACAUCCAGUCCAGCCCCUACGGGCAGCCCUAUCCCUGCUGCCACGGCAACAUCCAAAUCUCCUCCUCCAAUCGCCAUCAAGAAGGAAUCCACACCGACUUCUAACCCUGACUCCGCCCCUCACUUUAUAAGAAACCAGUCAGAUCUACAGGAUCACAAAGUCACGCCUCUAAGCCACCACAGCCAACCAAUCAUCAGUCACCACCAUCCGCCGGCCACCAAUCAUCUGACGUACGGUCUCCACGACAUCAGCAACAGCCCCUUGUCACUGCCCCCCAAACACCCUCUCCCUCCUUCCCCUGCUCCCCCCCUCCCUCUCUCUAUCGCAGCACUGUCAUCUCCUCAUUACCCCCUGCGCUCCUCCUCUCAUUUAUCUCCCUUAUCACGCCAUCCGGCCAUGUUUGCCCCCCCAACUGCCCUCCCCCCUCCUCCUGCUUUACCCACCAACAGUCUGGUGGUCCCUGGACACCCGGCCGCCACACCCUACCCAGAGCAUCAUGACCUCCUCCGGCAAGAGCUGAACAACCGCUUCCUGGUUCAGAGUUCCGAGCGUGGUCGGGGGUCGGCGCCAGGGGCGACCGGCUCGCCGUUGUCUCAAAUGUCACUCCUGAGGGCGGAGUUUCACCAACACCAGCACAUGCACCAGCAUCAGCACACGCAUCAGCACACCUUCACGCCUUUUCCCGCCAUCAUUGGGCCGCCCACUGCACCGCCCAUGGUGCGUACCGCAGCCAGAAAUUUUGACAAGUACGCUCCGAAGCUGGACAAUCCUUUCUUGAGGCAGUCGAGUUUUUUCUCCUCGUAUCCUCCAGCGAUGCCAGGAAUGCCUCCUCUCCUCCCUCACCCCGGCCCCUUCAGCUCCCUGCAAGGAGCCUUUCAACCAAAGGCCUCAAAUCCCAUUGAUGUAGCAGCGAGACCAGGAGCAGUUCCUCACACUCUUUUACAAAAAGAUCCACGGCUAACUGACCCAUUCCGGACCUCAGUGAGAAAGCCGGGGAAAUGGUGUGCGGUUCACGUACAGAUCGCCUGGCAGAUCUACCACCAUCAACAGAAGAUGAAGCAGAUGCAGUUGGAUCCUCAUAAACUGGAUAUAACUGGUAAACUGGAUUUGUUCAGCAGACCUCCGGCUCCUGGCGUGUUCCCCGGGUUUCCUUAUCCUCACGACCUCGCCAGACCUCUCUUCCCAUCUACAGGAUCCGGGCAUCAUCCAGCCACUUCACCUUAUGGCCACGCCCCUCAUCACAGCAGCUUCCUGCCUCCCACCCAUUUGGCAGGUAAGCAUGCUUUCAGUCGCUCCAGUUCCUUUGGAAACCUCAGCAACCUUUCAGCUAACGCCUUCGGGGGGCUAGGAAACCCCACCCUCGGCUCAAACAGUGUGUUUGGACCUAAAGACACCCCUGCACUUCCCGGGUUCAGCAGUCCGAGUCAGGACUCAUGGAACCGACUACACAGAACGCCUCCCUCCUUCCCACAGUGGCCCAAAGUGAAUGAAGGAGAGAGAAGCAGCUCAGCUAACAGCCACGAACGGGAGAAAGAGAGGGAGAGGGAGAGAGAGAAAGAGAGAGAGAGGGAGAAACGGGACUCGUCUAUCGGGAAGGAUGAGAAAGACAAAGACAGGGACAGUCGCCACUCCAAUCGUUCCUCUCCUGCCUCGGCUCCUGUCAGUUAUCAGAUCAGUAACUUGAUCCGCUGCAGCAGCGGUGGAGGAAGUGAUGUAGGCCGUAACCAUGGUGAUCGUCCCCGCAGCGACCCUGAGAGGGAGGUGGCGGUGUUGUCCGAGGCGAGAGCGAAGGAUCGGAGUCGUUCACCGACAAAAGAGUGCAGUGAGCGCAGCGCCUCGUCUUCCUCUGUCGACUCAUGCAAGCCCAUCCUCCGCUCACCGUCUCCAUUCUCCAAGAACAAAGCUGAGCCUCUGGGGAUUGUGAUGUCUGACAGGAAGCUGUCUUCACCAGGAGCACCGAUCCACAAGCUCAAAAACGACACAACCAAGAUCAAAGAGGAGCGCAAGGAACAGGAACAGGAACCGGAAGUGCUUGUGCUGGGGUCCGAGCCUCCGCCACCUCGAAAUCCCAAUCAAAACCAGGCUCCGCCUCUUCCUCCUCAUCACCAGGCUUCGCCCCCAACAAUCCCGCACUCUCUGCCGUUUGUGCACCAGAUGGGGGGGCUGAACGUGCUCGACCGUGCUCGUCUAGCUCCAUUUGUGGGCGUAGGUCAUUUUGCAGCAACAGCGAAUCGUGAUCGUUUUCCUCAUCCUGCCUUCUCGUGGGAUCCUUUCCGUGAGGCGUAUCGGAAUCUGGACCUGCAGCGGAGAAUGGACUUCCAAAUCCGCUCUGAGACAGCGAACCGCUUCCCAGGGAUCUACGAGGCGGAUCGGAAUUACCGGGAGCGAGAACCACAUGAGUACUCGCACCAGGACCACCUGAUGGAAGUGCGCAGGGAGCAGGAGAGGAUCAGGCAGCAGGCAGAGGAACGAGAGCGACUGCACUUACGUGAUGAAUUGGAACGUGCCCGACUUCACCAACUCCAUCAGUCUCCAAUGGAGGGGCACUUACCUCAUAUGCCCCCUUUUCUGCCUCAUCUAGGGGCAAUGCCGUACCGUCCGCCCCCAACUGCAGCACUCAGCGCCCCCCCACCUCUCGUCCCCUCUGUCCGGCCCAAUUCUCCGAGACGGACUACGCAAGACACGCGGGAAUUUUCCCCGUCACGUAAUCCUAAAGAGGUGGAGGCGCGAUAAUGCGGCAGAGAGACUCGGGUUCACGUGCACUUAUUAUGUAUCAUUUGUACAAAAGAACGAAUUUGUACCUCGGAUUUAAAGCACACGGUUCCGCUCGUAUUUUAUAUGGACGAGGAUGAGGGCGAGGACUAAAGCGGGGACGAAUAACGAGGAGUUUGAUAUUAACAUUAAUAUAUUAAUCCAACGGCCUUUUUCUUUUUUUUGCGCGUUAUGAAGUGAAGAUGAGUUUGAACUUCUUUUCUUAUUUGCUUUUGUGCACUUCUGUGUACAGACCCUGUUCUUUUUUUACGGAUUAUCGUUGGAUCUGGCGUCGUCCCGUGCUUAACCCGCUGGUUGCUCUACAUGUUGUGGACGAUGUUCCUGAUGGAGAACAGGAGCAGGAACGGUACUGAGGAAGGUGCUGGACGAUAUUACAUACGCAGUUCUCUCUGUUUUUGCCUGUUUUGCUUUGCAGACGAAUAUGUAUUACGAUAUUCCCCUCGGUUUCUGUAAGUUAUUGUACAGAUCUUGUUGAUAUUACCUUCAAACAAAAGUUGGCAUUGUAAAUUUAUUAGACUUUUUAAAUGUUUCUAAAAAAAGGAAACAAAUCUGUCCAAUCAGAGGGCGGGGAGGCGUGGUCACGGGGCGAGCUGCCAUCUAUGCAAAGAGGAACCGGAAGGCUCUGAUUGGACGAUUUCUGAAACAGAGUAUUAAAGUGCGGUCUUUAGGAGGAAGGCAGAAGUCGGAGGAAGAGCGUUGCGUGUUCUCUCUGAUGAAGAGCCAAACAAAACAAAUCUACAAACCUUCUCGGUCGAACUUUACCAACUUUUCCAGACGAACUUUCAUGGCCGAAGCGAGCGGCGCCGAGCUGAUGGACCGUCUCUGUCGACCUUGUGGUGUUGUGCAGUUGUUCUUUUCUUAGAAUCUUGUAUACAGAACAAGUAGAGUUUUAGGCGUGAAAAUAAAAAAAAUUGAACAUUCAUGGUUUAAAAAUGUACGGAAUAAAGGUUGGACCUUAUAUCUGCA